AUGGCGGCCGCAAGCGGGAGCUCGGCGAAAUUGUACCGCUUUCCACCGACUCGAGAACUGCAGACUGACUACGAUGCGGUGGUUCCAUCCGUUCGGGGAAGGGGGAGACACGUGAGAGAGCUGGAAGACUACCUCAGACGAAGAGAACACGAGGUGGCCGUGGAUGAUGCAGAAUGUGGAGAAAACGGGUUUGGUGACACUGUGGAUUGUGAUUCACCACUCUACAAUACAUCUGUCUUCAGGCAUGAGGAGAGCUGGCCCAGUAAAAUGGAAGGACCUCUCCUGAGGAAGAUUGCCGCUCUCCGCAGAGCUCUCUACCUGGCAGGGAAAGAGAGGAAGGAGGCCGAGAAUGGCGUGAAGAUACUCAUGCAGUCUACGAGAGAGAGUCCAAGUGCUGCGGCGUGUGUCCUCUCCAGACACAUGCCCAGAGCCCCCAGACUGGAGGAAGUGGUACCCAGUGACUGUGUCAGGUGUGCUGAGAGUGGCUGUGGCAAGAGGGCUCUACCUUUCUCAAGAUUCUGCCUGCAUCAUGUUUCCAGUGAUCAGGACCAGGUACUGUUUGCCACGUGCACAGCCUCAGAGCCAGGCAGUGGGGUCUGUGGUGCCACUGUACCUGACAUCCUCCUCAACCAACCUCUCUGCAGCAAACACAUCACCAAGACUGCUCUGGAGACUAAUUUACAACAGCAGAAGAGAAAGACUGUGGCCAGUGGUGCUAGCAGAGUUAACAAGACCAAAGGAAAGAGCCAGAAGAACAAGAAGACAAAAGUAGCAACUACGACAACAGCUGUAACUAAGCUGGUGGUAACAAAGUCAGUUCCAGCAGUGGCUGCCAGUUCUGCAGCUGUGGGUCUUCCUGCCCUCAGUUCGACCAGCUCCUGGAGUAGUGGGGAGAGUGAUGGGGAAAACCCUCUAACUAGUGAGGCCAAACGACCAAAGGUUGCAAAGACAGCGCAACCCCCGCCUGCACAGACAAAAGCAAAAGAUCCUCACCAGCUGCCCUCUCUGACCCCUGAUGUCACCCUGGACCUUUCUCUCUCUGCCCCCUUGCCUUCUCUCAUCCUCCCUCCUCCCCUGCCGACAUUGGCAAAUUCAUGGACGACUCGAGCAGCGAAGAGAGCUAGCACUACUUUGUGUGUGUGUGUAUUUAUGCGUGUGUCUGUCGUCCACUUGUCACCAUUCCUAUCGCCGAGAAAGCUUUGCCUGAGCACACCAACAGUGCCAGCGGCGGAAAAGUACAGCAUGUUUCAAGAUUACAGCCUCGAGGUAGUCGAGUUUCCCUCCUCCUGGAAGAAAGAGAAGUCGUCUGCAGAUGCGCACACUCAGACCAGCGAGGUUCUCGCCAACGACGCCGAGACACAGACCUCCAGACCAUCCUCCGUAGCAGUACAGACGGAGCCGGAGCCAGGUAGACCUCCAGUUGUGGUGGUGGACAACUCAGCGCCACUGAAGAAGUUUCUGAAGAGAGUGGAGCCGUUCGUGUUGCAGCAACUGAAGCAGAAUGCAGCGAGUUCAGCAUUCGAUGGUUACUGGGUGGAGUUGGAGGAGGAGGCAAAGGGAACUACCUGUGUUCACACUCUCAAUGAAGCCUCUCUCAACUCAGAGUUUCCCUGCACCGGACUGGCCUGGAACUGCACUGGGUCUGUACUGGGAGCUUCAUUUGGCCGCUUUGACCACGAACACUGGUGCACACACAAGUCCCUGCUGUGUAUGUGGAACAUGGACCGGAAAUCCAUCGACAAGGAGAGGGCACACAUUAGCAUUGAUACACCUAGUUGUGUGAUGUGCCUCUCCUUUCAUCCCGACCAGCCAGCAGUGGUGGCAGGAGGUCUAUUCUCAGGAGAGGUGAUGGUGUGGAAGUGUGGGAGUGAGGGAGAUCCACUGCUGGCCUCCUCUGGACUGACUGACUCUGGACACAGAGAACCUCUCUCACGAGUGUGUUGGGUGGGGGCACCCCAGGAGGAGAGACAGCUGAGCCCUCAUCGACUGCUCACUCUCGGCAGCGAUGGUCUUCUCCUGGUGUGGCGCUGGGCGAAACAGAGCCGGCAACUGGCACUGGUCUCCGGGUACAGACUGACAGCAGAGAGCGUUCCUCGCAACUUCAGGGCAGGCAGAGCUCGCGGUGACACCCUCAUUGGAGGAACUGCCCUGUCAUUUCCAUGUGAGGACAGCUCCCUGGCAGUAGUGGGCUGCGAGAAUGGGUGCAUACUCAAAUGCUCGCUCCACCCCAACACAGACAGCGCUCCUGGUCGUGGUAUAGACAUGAGGUCUCCAGUGACCUUUGCCUUUCGGCCUCAUGCUGGUCCAGUGUAUGGCUGUGACUGCUCUCCAUUCCACCGCAACCUGUUGCUCACUGCCAGCACCGAUUCCUCUGUCAGACUCCACUCCCUCCUGGAUUCCAGUCCCCUGCUGUCCGUGGAGCCUGGCUGUGGCUAUCUGUUCAGUGUCCAGUGGUCUCCCUCCAGACCUCUGGUGUUUGCUGCAGGCUCAGCUGACGGACAUCUCCUCCUCUAUGAUCUCACAGUACGCCCCCAAACAACACUCCCUAACAGCAUUAAACAGGUGAAUAUGGUGCUACAGGUGAGCCACGUCAAGCCAAGUGUUCUGUUGGAUGCCAGUCCCCACCACAGACCAGUCUACAGUCUUCAGUACAACUCUCAGAGGCCUCAGGUCCUUGCCAGUGGAGAUGCUAGUGGCGUGGUGAAGGUGUGGAGACUAGGCUCACACCUGACCUCUCAGGUGACGGGAGAGGCGGAGCAACUAGCCAGUCUGGCUGACUCAACUCUACACGCAGCAUCUCUAUGACUCUACCACAUUGCCUUUUCUAGGAAUAUUUCAAAUAGUCAGCUCCACAUAUAUAUGGCAUCGGUUUGACUUGAUCAUUUUUGUAGAAUAACUUAACUUAAUAUUAAACGGAAU